CGCAAUAUGGAGCAAAGUCUUAAAGAAGCAGAGGUUUCCAAUAGUAAGGAUUACUGCAACUAAAUCAUCACGAACACGAAAAACGCGAAAAGCAUAACUGCAUCAUACUCAACCGUGUCUCGCAAGAAAAUGCCGUCCGCUUCCCAAUACUCGAACAUGAAGCCACUUCCCGAUGCCCCUGCAGACGAAGCUCCGCCGCCUUCCCGCCAGCCUUUAAUGUCUAUUCGCAGAGCUUCAGCAGGACGAUGCUUCUCGGCGAGCACCAGAGCCAGCCGUUCUAUGGCAUGUCGAUACACAGCGGAUUGAGCAGCUCGCCGCCCAUUGUGUUGCAUUCUGGCCCGUCGGAUAGGUUCCCGCCGCUCGCGUCAGUAGAGUACCACGGCUUCAGCAGCAGAAUGAGCAUAACGCUGCCACCUGCGCCUAUUCGUACACCAGGCGGCGGGCCCAUCAUCGAACUGGAAUCAAAAAGCGAUUUCCCGUCGUGGAGCUACAUUUUCGCCAUAGGCGUUGGACCGAACUGCGAAACACUUGAGCACUUUGAAUGGAGGACAAGCUCUGGCGAAGCGAUCGCUGCGCUGGAUGGCCGAAGCAGGGGUUGGAAGCUCAUCAGGCUGGCUCAAUCAGUGCCCCAGAAUGCCGGACCAGGUGCAUUCAGGGGAGGUGAUGGAAAGGAAGUAGUCGCUGUCUGGACGGAUGCCGGCAUGAGCAUGACAAAGUUGGCCAAGUUUGCGUUCAUGGGCAGUGGGUUGACGGGUGAGCUGGGCGAACGGUGGGCAAUUAUGGCCGUCAUAUCUGGCUUGGCCAUCUUUGAGAGACAGAGACAGCGAAGGCGAAACAAUCACUAAUCUCUACAACCGCCAAGGCUGAGGAGACGGAGUUGAAAGAUUGAUGGAUGAGCUCACGAUUUGUAAGAUGCCCAGGCGCUCCAGGGAACCGUUUCGUUUAGUUUAGUUUUGAUACCCGUAGACCUUAACAGGCGAUUGAACUUGUAUAGUAAAGAUAAGAUCGC